GAAUGAUCUUGGCAUCCCAUCCUCACCUUCCCCAGCCUCGCCCAUCAUGGGGUCUUGCCUCUCACGCUCCUCCUCAUCAUCAUCUUCACCCGCUCACGCUAAUAGACUUGGCUCCUCAUCGACAGCCGGACCUCCAGCAGCCUCCGCGGCAGACGAUCGUGAAGCUCGUGCCCAAGCAGCAGAGCGCCGUCUUGCUGCGCAUCAAGCAAGAGGCACUGGGGGAAGAGGCACCGAGGGAGAUCUGGCGAGAAAGCUCAAGGAGCAGCAGAGAAGCGGUGGGACGAGUGCUGCGCAGGAGCGCGGAGGUCAGGCCGCAGAUGAGGAGAUUAGGAGGAAUACCCAAGAUGACCCGUUAGAAGACUUUACAAAGCUCCACUUGCUCUGCUACAGUUUGGGACUGGGCAUCUCAAAUGCGUAGACUCAGUCUCUCUCACAAAGCAGAGCUGCUUUUCAAUUGCUUUCUUGCUUGCUUGUUCACUUCAACUACUAGAAUAAGUACAAGUUGGGCUGGAAACUAAAAGAAGAGGGCGAUAAACGAAGUGCGACUGACGACUAGCAACUAACGACAACAACGACGAAGAGACGAUCAACGAAGCGAAGCGGAGCGGCUCGUGGCAGGCGGUUGAGCGAGAAAAUGAAGUAGAGUAC